AUGUCCAUUCAGACACUUGGUGUUUCUGCUAUACUCAAGGAUAGUGAUUAUCCUUCGUACCCUCUACAUUUCUGCAUCGCUGUUGGUAAUUUCAGGACGCUGCAAUUCUUGCUCAACAAAGCAUCUUUUGACACUAUCAACGAAUCCGAUGGCAAAUGGGGAGCGCCAUUGUAUAUAGCAGUACACCUCGAUAACUAA